AGUGUGCGUCAAGCUUUUGGCGCGUACGGUAUAUUGUAGUGUUUCGCGUUGGCCUAUUUAAAAAAGCCUUAAAAAGUGUGACGAAAAUUGUUUUGAAAAAUCUUGAAAAUAGCGUAAAUAAUACUAACUAAAUAGCAGAAUAUUGAUUGAACGAAGGCAACAAAAUGUACGGCUUCGUGAAUUAUGCUCUAGAGUUACUUGUGAUGCAAACGUUUGGUGAAGAGACAUGGGAGACCAUUAAAAAAAAGGCCGAAGUGUCAAUGGAAGGUUCUUUUCUGGUGAGACAGAUUUACGAAGACGAAAUUACUUACAAUCUUAUAACAGCAGCAGUAGAAGUACUACAAAUCCCAGCUGAUUCUAUCUUGGAGCUCUUUGGAAAAACAUUCUUUGAGUUUUGCCAAGAUUCUGGUUAUGAUAAAAUAUUGCAAGUUCUAGGCGCUACACCACGUGAUUUCUUGCAGAAUUUGGACGGCUUACAUGAUCACCUUGGUACAUUAUACCCUGGUAUGCGCUCUCCGUCUUUCCGUUGCACCGAAAGACCAGAAGAUGGUGCAUUGGUUCUUCAUUACUAUUCAGAUAGACCUGGCUUGGAGCACAUUGUCAUUGGCAUUGUAAAGACGGUCGCCAGUAAGCUUCACAACACUGAAGUCAAGGUAGAAAUUCUUAAAACUAAAGAAGAAUGUGAUCACGUCCAGUUUUUGAUAACAGAGACGUCAACUUCAGGCCGAGUAUCUGCACCUGAGAUUGCUGAAAUCGAAACUUUGUCUCUUGAACCAAAAGUUAGUCCAGCAACCUUCUGUCGAGUGUUUCCAUUUCAUCUGAUGUUUGACCAUGAGCUAAACAUCGUGCAAGCAGGAAGAACUGUCUCCCGUCUCCUGCCUAGAGUAACCAGGCCUGGCUGCAAAAUCACGGAUGUUCUGGACACCGUUCGUCCGCAUUUGGAGAUGACAUUUGAAAAUGUAUUAGCUCAUAUCAACACUGUGUAUGUACUAAAGACUAAGCCUGAAGAGAUGAUCGUUAGUGAUCCUCAUGAGGAAAUCGCUUCACUCCGACUGAAGGGACAAAUGCUUUAUAUACCAGAAACUGAAGUGGUUGUGUUUCAAUGCUAUCCUAGCGUGACAAACUUAGAUGACCUUACGCGCCGUGGCCUCUGCAUUUCUGAUAUACCAUUGCACGACGCUACGCGCGACUUGGUGCUCAUGUCAGAACAAUUCGAAGCCGAUUAUAAGUUGACACAGAACUUAGAGGUGCUAACUGAUAAGCUACAGCAGACUUUCCGGGAGUUGGACUCUGAGAAGCAAAAGACCGAUAGACUUCUGUACUCAGUUCUGCCCAUAAGCGUGGCUACUGAGCUCCGCCACCGUCGUCCGGUGCAAGCCCGUCGAUACGACCCCGUGACGUUACUCUUUAGUGGGAUAGUUGGAUUCGCCAAUUAUUGUGCAAGGAAUACCGAUCACAAGGGAGCCAUGAAGAUUGUUAGGAUGCUUAAUGAUUUGUACACGGCAUUUGAUGUCCUAACUGACCCUAAGAGGAAUCCAAAUGUUUACAAGGUGGAGACUGUUGGCGACAAAUACAUGGCAGUUUCAGGUCUCCCAGAAUACGAAGUAGCUCACGCCAAACACAUUUCACUGUUGGCUUUGGAAAUGAUGGAUCUAUCGCAAACUGUAACAGUUGAUGGAGAACCUGUUGGUAUCACAAUCGGUAUACACUCUGGUGAGGUUGUCACUGGCGUAAUUGGCCACCGCAUGCCUCGGUAUUGUCUAUUUGGCAAUACCGUCAACUUGACCAGCCGGUGUGAGACCACUGGCGUGCCUGGUACUAUCAAUGUCAGCGAGGACACUUACAGCUACUUAAUGCGCGAAGAUAACUUCGAUGCACAGUUUGAGCUGACCUAUCGCGGUCACGUAUCCAUGAAGGGCAAAGCUGAGCCGAUGCAGACCUGGUUCUUGACCAGGAAGAAGAUCUAAUCACCCCUCACCUGGGCCAGAGACACCGGCGGACGUGUCAGGGACAGUCUGGUGGCUUUCAAUCAAAUUAUACUCGAGAAAAUUGAUAGAUUGGUAACGUUUUGUAGGAGAAUGUAGCUAUAUGAGUUUCUUUAAAAUGAAAUGUAACUUUGAUGUGUAGAUUUGGCCUAAUUGAUACGUGUUUCUCUGGUACAAUUUAUUUAGGAAGCUUAUUAUACUCAGGCCUAAUACGGGAUUUAAAAGGUUCCUUUUAAAAACUCUCAAACGAAAUAGAUAGGUAUAGGUGAUUCUUUUUUUCUUAAAGAUUUUUUAUUUGCACAUGUAUUUGUUAAUAAAACCAAGGAAUAGUUAAAUUUAGAUAAUUUUAAUAGCUGUAAUAAUAUUUAUCAGUAUAGCAUUGUGAAUGCAAAAUUUAUCAAGUAUAAUAUAGUAAAGACUUUAUUCCUUACUUCCGCCAACAAUACGAUAUUACUUUAAAUGUUUGCUUACUAAAAGCACGAGUUGAUUUAUUGCGGCCUAAUUAUUAUGUAAAUGUAAGUUUUCAAAACCAAAGGUCUAACUUUAAACUCACUCUUCAUAUUGUAGAGGUAGAUUGCGUUAUUUAUUAAAUAAUAACUGCAAACUAAUUCAAGCUUAAUUAGAUGGAAGUAUAUAUAUCUUACAAUAGAGAUAUAAUUCUAAGAGACUUAUUUACUAUUGUUGUCGUUCUUAUUGAUAUUUAUAUACGUUCUAGUCAAUUAGUUUUAUUGUAUUUCACUGUUAAAUGUUGUGUUUCUUAUUUAAUUAUAUAAUAAUUGUGUGUUUUCAUAGAUUUUGAGAUUAUAAGAGUCCUGUCUUUUUAAUAGUGACAUAUUUGUGUGUUAGGAGUAAAAACAAUAAAUGCAUAUAAUCAUUUUGUGUUUUAUGGCCUUGCCUUUAAACAAAUAUUGGUA